AUGAUUAUUGUUAUGGCCUAUAAUGAGGAGGGAAGGAUUCUUCGAGUAAAUACUUCUCGUCUAUGGCAUAUCUUGGAAACAGCAAUAGGCAUUACAAUAACUGAUAAAUUAAUUAAUGAAGAUUUAGAACAACUUCUUAAUCUUACUCAAAUAGAAAAAGAUGAACAAACAAAAUGUUUAACUUUAUUAGAAAAAGAACAUGGUGACUUAUUAAUCAAAAUGAAAGAAAUUCAAUUAUCACUUGAACAUUUUCGUACAUCAAUUUUACAGACAACACAAAAUAUAAAUGAAAUAAAAUUACAAAUUAAUAAUCAACAACAUACUAAUGAUCAUAUUCAUGAACAAUCAUCGAAAAGAAUAAAUAAUUUAGUUAUAAAUAUAAAAGAUGUUCAAACAUUACUUGUUGAUUAUAAAUUUCUUAUCAAUGAAAUUCAUGAUUUAUUAAAAUUAAUUUUUCAUAUUCAAACACAAAUUGAAAUUCAUCAUAAAACAAUAUUUAAUUAUCAAACAAAUUUAGAAAAAUAUAAACAAGAUUUAACAUUAAAUAUUAUUAAUCGGACUACUUAUGAAAAUCAAAUAUUAUAUUUACAAAAAAAAAUUGAACAACAACAUGAAAAUUUUAAAUACUUAAAAAAUCAACAAAUACAAAUCAUUAAAAAUCGUCAAGAACUUUAUCAGCAUAUUGAUAUUCUUGAAAUAGAAAAAAAUCAAAUAUUAAAUAAUCAACAACACUUAAUCGAUAUAAUUAAACAAUCAAAUAUUAAAAAAAAAUUAUUAGAAAAAGAAAUUUUUCAUUCAAAUCAUUCUAUUCAAAAGUUACAAUAUUCAUAUAGAAAAUUAUUUAAAGAUCAUAAUAAACAACAAAAUAUUACAAAUAAUUUGCAAAAAACAAUUCAAGCAAAUGAACAACGAUUACAAGUAACGAAAAUUGAGAUAAACGCACUCAGUGAACAAGUGCAACAACAAAAUCAUCUAAUAAAUUAUAAUGAAAUUCAAUUUGAUUUUCAUACAAAAGAAUUACAAGAUCUUGAAAAUUGUUUAUUAACAACACAUGAACAACUGAAUGAUCAACGUACAAUAGUUAAUGAAAGCAAAACUAAAGUCAAAUUACUUAAACAAAAAAUACAUAAACUAAGUGGUGAUGAAAAACCAUUGUCAAAAGAAAUAUCAUAUAAUCAAAAACAAGUCAGACAAAAUGAAAUCAAUCAUCAUCAAGUAGAACUUAUUUUAAAACAAAAUGAAACUAAAAUUAAUCAAUAUAAAACAAUCAUUGCAAAAUUAACGUUAGAUUCGAAACAAAAUGAUCGUAUUCUUAAACAAGAAAAUUUUUCAUUAGAACAAUGUUAUCAUCAAACAGUACAGUCAAAAGAAAAUAUCAAGAUAUUGAAUAAAGAUUUAAAUCAUUUGGAAUAUAAUUAUCAGACUUUGAAAGAAAUAUUUCAUUGUACUGAAAAUGAAAAUAAAUUAUUGAAACAACAAUAUGCAGAUUUAACUUUUAUAGUACAAUUACUUGGACAUAGACAAACAAUGCUUAAUAAUGAAUUAGAACCAUUGUAUAAAACAAUAAAACGUCUUACUACACAGCAUCUUAAACAAGUGAAGAUGCUUGAACAAACAAAAUCAGAUAUUAAUAUUUUACAGAAAUAUGAUUGUCAUUUACAAUCAUAUAAUCAACAUUUACAUCAAUCAAUUUCAUUUAAAUCUCUAGAAAAUAAUGAAUAUCUUAAUUCACAAAGUAUUUCAAAUCAAUGCACUAAUUUUCAAAAUCAACUUAUAUUAGAAAUGAAAAAAAAUUCUAAUCAUAUGUAUUAUUGGCAUAUAUUUAUGAUGAGUUCACCUGAUAAAUUCAAUAAUGUAUCAAAGUUAUUUUUAAUAAAAAAGAAAAUUGUUCAUAAAACUAAUGAACUUAUAAAUUUAAAAAAAAUCUUCUUUGAAAAAGAAACUUUACAUCGAUAUUUAAAUCAAAUUUAUUUACGAAGACAAAAACUUUAUGAAAAAUUGAAUUCACAUAAUGUACUCAAAAAUAAGUUAAUUAAAGAGAAAAAAAUUGUGAAGUAA